AUGCGUGCCGUCAAUGACCUGCUUGAUCUCCAGGCCGGGGCUCAAAAUGCCUUGGUUGUCACGCUGCCGAGUGCAAGCUUGGGUGAAAGUUCUACAUACUGGUUCGGCCUCCGCGUGACGACCGGGAUUGGUUUGUGGAGCGAGGCUAGCGUAGAGGUAUUCAAGUCUACGGAUGCCCUUCCCGCUGAAGUUCACCCAGCUAUGCUUGUGCCGCCGACGUCAACCGCGAUACUGUGUUGCCCCCUGCAGAUUGCGGAAUCUGUAUCUUGGGAGCAGUGGCGUGGGCUUCCGCUUACCGUCCGCACCGAGGUGACGUCGCCUCGUUCCCAAGACGACAACCUUACUUACACAUGGACCCUGGCUUCGGAAUACAGUGCCACGGAGGACAUUCCACUAGAUGCUGACCAAGGGGAGAAAUCCCAGCGUCCUCAAGCUUCCCGCACAUUCCUUCGGACACGCCGGCAGCAUCUACGUCUUCAGGGUGACCGCUGCAGGCAGCACGUCGAGCGCUACCUCGGAUACUGCGACAGAGGAGCCGUGCAGCUCCUCGACGUCGUCAAUCUUGACGCUAGAGUGGAGACCGGCCUAAACUCUAAUAUUCUUCCCAACUGUUCGAACUGUCGACAGGAGAGCGAAAACCUCGACUUGAGCAAUGGGUGGGACGAUGUAUUCAGCGCCGCCACGAGCGAUCGGGUGCUCGUUGUCCGAAAAGGAGUCCUUGGCGCGGGGCGGACGUACGCGUUCUCCCUAUCUGCAACCGACACAUCCGGGCAGAAAGGCUAUGCAGAGUACUCGUUCGAGACCAACGCCCCCCCCGCUGGGGGGCACGUGGAAUCGAAUACCUCAUCGGCGAACGCCGGCGUCGAUGGCGUCCGUCUCCAGAGCAUAGGGUGGACGGAUGGCGUGGACGAGCUUCCGUUCACGCACUCCUUUGGGUUCGUGCAUGGGUACCAACAAGUGGCAACGAUCGCGAGGUACCCCGUGUCCUGA